CCAUGCAGGACAGACAUGUGUGUGGGGAAGUGCAGCCGGAUUGUUGGUCCCUGCCUGCUGGCCCUGGGCACGCUCUCCGUGGCAGCCAGCAUCCUCCUGCUCUUCCCUGGCGGAGCAUCCAAGUACCUGUUGGAGGGGCACAUCAGCAGACACGCCAUGGCCGUGCCGGGUGUCUGGGGAGGCGGCAUCCCCGUGCUGCUGGCGGCGACCCACAUCACAGCAUUGGGGUGGCGAUGCGCCGGCUGCUCCAACUGCGGCACCCGCUGGAACGCCUUCAUCUCCACCGUGCUCUCCAAGCUGGCGUUCCUGGGCGCUGCCGCCUGCUUCGUCCUCUCCGGGGUGGGUUUGACCAACGGCCCCCUCUGCUUCUACAACGCCUCCGAGCACAGCCUCGGGCACGGGGCCCUCUGGGGUUACCCAUUCCCAGAUGCCGCUGGCCAGGGGCCUGACACCAGGGCUAGGACCUACCUCUACGAUCGGCACACCUGGAGCGUCUGCCUGGAGCCAGAGGGCAUCGUGGCCUGGAACGUCACCCUCUUCUCCAUCCUGCUGCUCGUCAGCGUGGCCGAGAUGGUGCUGUCCUUCCUCCAGAUCCUCAACGGCUGCCUCGGCUGCCUCUGUGGCCUCUGUGAGGGCAAGUAGGGCCUGGGGGUGCCAGGAGGCUGCGCUCGGAGGAGGUGUCACCCCCGGUGUCACUUGGCUGGUGGCACACGCCGUGCUGGAGGUGUGGUAGGAACUGUGACACCGGCCCACUGCAAGAGCCCCGUGUGAGAUGGACAGAGUGCCCUGUGGGGGACGUACACCCCAAGUGUUGGAGCAGCAUUAGUGGGGCUGAUGUGCCAAGUGCUGCCCCCAUGCAGAGCACCCCAACCAGGCCAUACCACUUCCCUCCUCCCUGGAGGGGGUGCCCUUGGGGCUGCCAGCUCUUUGGGGUUGGAAACUGGCCAGGUGAAGGAUGGAGGUGAGGACUGGGCUCACGAAACCUCAGUGUGAGCCCAGCGGCUUCCUCAGCUACCUGCACCCACCCCAGUGCAAAACGUGACACUAUGGUGUUCGUAGAGACAAGAGCAGGACUCUAACGUAAUUUUUGUUAAUCAGUUCGUAUUCAUGGCAGUUGGGCUGGUGUUUGUCACCUGCAGAGGGCAGGAGAGGGGAAGGAGACCAGAGAAGCCGAGCUGGGCUCUGGCUGGAGCGCUUGGAUGGAGUCCUGCUGGAGGAGGCAGGGCUGGAAUUGAGGUGUAGACCCCCAAAGUUCACCCCCACACAAAUGUCAGGAGCAGCUGCUGCUCAUCCCCAGGAGCAGGACCCCACCGCUGUGCUUACAGGGGGGUCCUGGUUUCAGUGCAUCCCCUACUCCCCUAAACCUUUACAGGGACCCAGUGUGGGCCUGAGCCUGCCCAGGCUGGGAGGGUGUUUGCCUCCCACUGACAAGGGCCAAGGAAAGCAGUGAUGGUGACAGCAGAUUAAAGAAACCAAAGCACUGAGCCAGAUUAAACAGUAACUGGGCCAUUGUGGUGGUUUAACCCCAGGUGGCACCUGAGCAGCACACAGCCACUCCCUCACCCCCAUCCUGUGGGAUGGCUGAGGAGAGAAUCAGAGAGUUAAAAGUGGGAAGAUCCAUGGGUUGACA